AGUCACAUUGAUCAAACAACAACAUGGCAAGAUCCUAGGAAGGCCAUGCUUUCCCAGAUGAAUGUUACAGCUCCUACCAGUCCUUCUGUGCAGCAGAACAUCAUGAACUCAGCAUCAGGCCCACUCCCCGAUGGAUGGGAACAAGCUAUGACCCAGGAUGGAGAAAUUUACUACAUAAACCAUAAGAACAAGACCACAUCUUGGCUAGACCCAAGGCUUGACCCACGCUUUGCCAUGAAUCAGCGAAUCAGCCAAAGUGCUCCAGUGAAACAGCCACCCCCUCUGGCUCCUCAGAGUCCCCAAGGUGGUGUGAUGGGUGGGAGUAGCUCCAAUCAGCAACAACAGAUGAGACUUCAGCAGCUACAGAUGGAGAAGGAAAGGCUGAGACUGAAGCAUCAAGAACUGCUUCGGCAGGCAUUGCGGAAUAUCAAUCCCAGCACAGCAAAUUCUCCAAAACAUCAGGAAUUGGCUCUCCGUAGCCAGCUUCCAACAAUGGAACAAGACGGUGGAUCUCAAAAUCCCGUGUCAUCUCCUGGAAUGUCUCAGGAACUGCGAACAAUGACUACAAAUAGUUCUGAUCCCUUUCUUAACAGUGGAACAUAUCACUCCAGAGAUGAAAGCACAGAUAGUGGACUUAGCAUGAGCAGUUAUAGUGUACCCAGAACCCCCGAUGACUUCCUGAACAGUGUUGAUGAGAUGGAUACAGGUGACAGUAUCAGCCAAAGUAACAUACCAUCCCAUCAGAACCGUUUUCCAGACUACCUUGAAGCCAUUCCAGGGACAAAUGUGGACCUUGGGACACUGGAAGGAGAUGGGAUGAAUAUAGAAGGAGAAGAACUGAUGCCAAGUCUGCAAGAGGCUUUGAGCUCUGACAUCCUUAAUGACAUGGAAUCUGUCUUGGCAGCCACCAAGCUAGAUAAAGAGAGUUUUCUUACUUGGUUAUAGGGGCCUCAGGGAGACUGAAUUCUAAAUCUGUGAAGGAUCUAAGGAGAAUAGGACAUCUAUAUCUGAAGUUCAGAACAAGCCAGUGUGGCACACUUUGGCUUGUGUUCAGAAAAAGUAAAUGAACAAAUAUUCAACAAGAUUCUUUCGUUUUGCUCUUCCUUGUCCAUCGCUGCUGUUAUAUAUUGCUGACUUUUUUCCACAGUUGACUCUGAAGAACAGACAUCUUCUUGAUCUUUUUCUAUUGCUGUUGCAACUACUGUUCAAGGGGGGUGGGGAGGGAUGAUGAGCCUAUUUGGAUGACGAAUGCCAUUCCUUUUGUCCUAGUGUGUGCUUGCAUAUCAUUUUAUCUAAGUACUCAGAUUUGAGAGUUAAUUUCUGCAUGUCACUGCUUGUAGUUUGCUCAGCUAGUUGUCUCCUGCUGCCUGUGGCAAGUGGUAAAACAUGACAUACUGGGGUGACAAGCCAAAAAUGAUGUAUCUGGUCAAAAGAAGUCAAUACUGAUUUGGAGAUACGACUUAAAGGAGGGCUGAAGACUGUUUGGCAUUAAGUGUUUCUACUAGUAGCUCUUUCAUUAGUCACAAAGUGCUCUUGUUCAUAUUUUAUGUUAUAGUAAAUCAUGAGUCAUUUUAUAUAGAAACAUAUAUGAACUUUGAUUGUUGCCACAUAUUCUAGCCUAAUUUUUGUUUGUCAAAAAUAGUUUGAUUAUUUUUGUUAGUUGGUUUAACUGUAGCUGUAGGAUGGGAAGCAAUUAUAGGUGUUCUUUUUUAAAAUAGUGAAAUCCAAGAGUUUUUUCUGAUUUCACAUAGUCUUAUUUAAAUCUGAAUUGUCUGCUUUUUUAUACUUAAAACAUGCCUAUUGUAGCCUGAUAAGCUAGUGAGUACAUAAACCAGUAUGUUUUGCCUGUAACUUUUUUAUUUUUUUAAAGGCUAGCUUUGAAUGUAAUCAUUAGAAUUCAUGACCAGUGGCUUAUUUUUCAUGUUUAUUUGUAAGAUUUUGAAUUAGAAUC